GCCUGUCCGUCAAUUUAGAUAGUAAAGUCUUGGCAUUCGGUGUUUGGAUUGCUGGCGCUGGCUAAUUUCCACAGUCGCCCACGUUUUUUGCACAUAGUAUGCCGGAGUGAUUUCAGAUACCGAAAAGAGCGAUCUUAUGCAUACAUGCAUGAUGACGACAGUGCUGGCUCAGAAGUCCAUGUUGCAUAGUAGCGUUAGCAUUCCAAGUGAUAUAUGCAACUGUCUGGUAACCGUCUGCCGAGAGGCUCGGUUCUUCUAUGGUUUCUAAGCAGGCUAAUGCAAUCACUGGGAGGUAUUCAAUCGCAAAAAAACAUACAUGACCGUUUCGCCCCCUUAGACGGAGUGUUUCACCUAGGUGAAGCUGCAAUUGUUAUCGAAAAUAUUGCGUGUGGUUUUGACAACUAGUCAGCGUUACACUAUAUUCUGACACCCAGAUUCCACCUGCCUACUGUAGAUAUUUAGGUGAACUAGGACCAAGAACCCAUAGGCCGGGCAUCUAUUAGCCCUCAGAAACGGGGAAUGACUCUAUUUUUAAUGGUUAUUGGUUAUAUGAAUCCUAUAACGUCGGCACUAAGUCCGAGACAUUGGU